AUGCACAAAUUCACCCAUUUAUCAACACUUAAUUCAAGUGAUUAUAGAAGACCAUACUUGAAUUUAAGGGAACGAUUAACCCAAUUUUUUGUGAAUCCAUACACUGUUGUUCUUGCACUUUUUAUAAUAAAGUUGUUUUUCUUUUUGAAUACCCUAAUUAACUCUUUAGAAAAUGCGAAAUCUCAAACACAUUUGCUCUAUCGAGCAAUAGAACAAUAUGCUUCCAAUAUAGUUUCAUUCCCCCAUUAUGUUACGAAAGCCUCGAAUUUCAUCAUUGCAAAGUCUUUAACUGCUACAAAUGAUGGUUUAGUCAAAUCAUUACAAUUGUUGCUAACUUCAUCUCAGAACUUGAUUUACUUUAUUAUCGAGUUAACAAUAGGAACAUACGCGUGUCUAUUGACAGCCUUGGUUGAUGACACUGCCAUUGCUGCAUUAAAUGCAACCGAAGAUGUCAUUGGAAUUGCCAAUGAAACCUUGCAGAGUUUUGCAAAAGAUCUAAAUGACGGGCUGGGAGACUUGACUGAUCUGAUAAACAAUGUCAUUGAUGUAGGAGAAGAUACCGGCGAUGCAUUGAAACACAUGUUUGGUAAGACAUCCUCAACCUCUUUAUCGGAUUCAAGUGCAAUUCAAGCAAAGUUAUAUCAUGUCAAUCUCACUAUAUCCGACAUGGAAAAGUGGCAAAUAUCCGGGGGCAUUAAUGAUAAAAUUGAAAAAUUAAAGAAGGAUAUACCAGAUUUUACAGAUGUUCAGAAUUUUACUGAAACUGUAAUUAGCAUCCCGUUCAAGGAAAUGAAACGUCAAGUAGGGAAACAUUUGAAUAAUACCUUUCAUGUUGAUCAAAUGUAUGUUGCACCGAUAAAGCAACUGGAUUGGUCGGAUGGUGCCACAAAAAUUGAUUUUAUUUAUACAAGGCUGAUCCAAGUUGCCAAGACUACCACCCAUGUUAUCAUGGGUCUCGUAGGGUUUGCUAUAUGUGUUCUUCUAUUGUAUCAGAUAUAUUUGGAGGUUAGCCACUGGAGAACGAUUCAAGAUGCCUCACAACUGCUUGCUUAUGCAAAUGAAUCGAAUAAUGAUCCCUUGACGAAGCAGAAAUUCAAUAUUGAGGUUGUUAAAGUCAUGCAAGAUCGGAAAGCUGAUGUUAUUAGUUUUUUUGUCACAGAGAAAAUCCUACGUGUUAGAAAUCAAAUAUUGAUAAACAACAUACGAUGGUUGGUUAACUAUGCAGCAUCGCCAUACUUAUUAUCCCUCUUCUUACUUGGGUCUGUCGGUUUGGUUCUCACUGGAGGUGAGUAUCUUAUACUUCAUGAAAUGUCUCAAAUAGACUUAGAAAAGCCAAGCGACAUGGUUUUCCAGAAAACAAAGACCGAAAUUUACUCUAAUGUUAAUGAAUCCCUGAUAUCAUGGACAAAUGAAACUAAUGUAUACCUGGAUAACUUCCAGGAUACAGUGAAUGAAAACCUUUUCGCCUGGGUCGAUACAACAGCAACUACAAUAAAUAAUACCGUUACUGAAUUUGAUAAUAAGAUGAACGAGGCAAUCGAUGUCAUUUUCAAAAAUACCCCGCUGUACGAUCCUAUUGAGCAGAUUGUUGGCUGUGUUAUUGAGUCGAAAAUAAAGAAAAUUCAAGCAGCAAUGACAUGGCUGGCACAGAAUGCCAAAAUCUCACUGCCAGUUCUUGAUCCAAAAGAAAUCAUAGCAAAUAUAGAUCAACUUCAGGAUGGGGAAGCAGCUGAUUCCUUUGAUGAAAAUGUCGAUGAAUUAAAAAGCAAGGCAAGAAAGAUAUUACAGCAAACAUUACAAUUUUUCAAAGAUGAAUGUCGAAUGUCAAUGUACAUUUCUCUCUGUAUACUGGGUGUGUGGUUCCUAUUCUUGUUGGGUGGCAUCUUUAUACUUAUUUUAAGAGAAUAUAGAGGAAAGAAUCAUUGCGAGUACGAUAAUUCGGACUCCAGUAUGGAACAUGACUCUGACUUGUCACUAUAUACUGGCCGGUCCCAGUCCAAAGAGUCCAUGAAAAGUGAAAGAUCAGAGGAUUCCCUUGUACGGAUAUCACAAUUGAUGCAUAGUAUUAAGGAUUCGUAUGUUAGGGCCAAGACUGGUUACGUGAAAACACCAACAGAAUCCAAUCCAAGAUCACAAAAAUACCUGGGGAAUAAUUACGAUCGAUGUACUCACAUGAAUGAUGCAAUAUAUAGUCCACCAGAAUCGUUGAUAAUGUUGAAGAGAUUUAUUCAAGAGGAAGAUAUAAAAAAUUCAGAGAAAGUUUUACAAUCAGAAUCAAACACCUUGGAUGAAAAAGAUGGGGUUUUUUUAACGCCUGAUAACUUUAAUGAAGGUACAAUGUCCGUCAUAGGUGAGAGUUUUGCGUCUAUCAACAAGGCGAGAUGUUGGACACCAUAG